CACAUGUGAAUGGCAGAAAACGUGUGAUUCCGGUAAACUGUCCUAUGCGUACGUGGAUCGUGACCGUUGACACACUCACUCGCUUGAGAUUCCUCUACUCUAACCACCAUGGCCACGUUCGCAUUCUCUCAACCAACCCAACCCAAGCGUCUAUAAAUUGGCCACAACACACAGCCAUUGAUAUCAUCACCUGCCUGCCGAACUAUAUAUAGUCCCAACAAACUUCUUGUACAUCCCAUAAUUAAGCACACCAACAGAACCAUCGUUUUAUUGCUCGUAGCAAUGGCCGCCCAACAAUCACCACCAGCACCAGCAGCUCAAACGCUCGAAAUGUUCCAUCCAAGUGUGUGGGGUGACUUCUUUCUCACUAAUCCCUCCCAAACCCAACAGACUGUGAGCGGCUGGAAUGUGCAAGUUUUGGCGCUGAAACAAGAUGUUGAGAGGAUGCUGAGAGCUACGUCGGAUAAGCCUGCUCAGAAGCUGAGUUUCAUCGACGUCGUACAGAGGCUGGGCAUUGGCUACCUUUUCGAAACCGAGAUCGACCAUCAAAUCCAGCUUAUUUAUUAUAAUCACCAUUCUUGCUCCCUUGGUUACGAUGAUGGCGACGACGGUGAACUCUCAGCUGUUUCACUUCGUUUUCGACUGAUGCGGCAGCACGGAUACCACGUCCCAUCUGAUGUGUUCAACAAGUUCAAGGACGUAGAUGGCAAGUUCAAGUCCGAGCUGUCGAGUGACAUCCAAGGCAUCUUAAGCUUGUACGAAGCUGCCCAUCUAGGCGUGCCAGGGGAGAACAUACUAGACGAGGCUAUCGACUUCACCGCAACUUGUCUUCUCAAGUACUCUGCUGAGCAUUUGGAUUCCGAUGAAGCUCUAGCUGAACGAGUGAGUCAUGCUCUGAAGCGGCCGCUACGCAAAGGAGUCGAGAAGCAGGAGCAGCUCUUCUUCAUCUCCAUGUAUGAACAAGACAGAAACCACGAUCCCACUCUUCUCGGGCUAGCCAAGCUGUGCUUCAACGUUGUCCAGGACUUGUACCAGAAGGAGCUCAGGGCCCUUACCAAGUGGUGGGUGGAGUUGGACCUUGCGAGCAAGUUGCCUUUCGCCAGAGACAGGCUAGUGGAGGUCUACUUCUGGUCAUUAGCAACCAUGUGGGAGCCCAAACACUCCCUCUCUCGCCACUUCCUCACCAAGGUCACCGUCCUCGUCUCCACCCUCGACGACAUCUACGACGUCAAGGCCACCAUCGACGAGCUCGAGCUCUUCACCGCGGCCAUCUCCAGCUGGGUGAAAACCGACGUCGAUGAUCUGCCGGAGUACAUGGGUCAUUGGAUGGAAGCCAUGGCCAGCGUGGUCGACGAGAUCGCUUCGAGAGAGGGAAGGGGUUACUGUGCGGAGUAUGCAAGACUAGCGGUGAGGAAUCAAGCCAAGGCUUAUCUGAGUGAAGCCAGGUGGCUGGCGGAGAAGGUGGUGCCGAGCGUGGACGAAUACAGGCGCGUGGGGAUCUACUCCUGCUGCUACCCUCUGCUUGCAGUUGCAGCGUUGUGCGGGAUGGAGGAUGAGACUAUGGCUUCCUUCGAUUGGCUGCUUGACGAUCCCGCCAUUCUCGUCGCUUCGUCGGAUAUGUGCCGUCUCAUGGACGAUGUGGUGUCGCAUGAGUUUGAGCAAGAGAGGGGGCAUGUCGCGUCGUCGGUGGAGUGUUAUAUGAAGCAAUAUGGAGUGGGGAAGGUGGAGGCACGCGAGGCCAUUAACAAGAUGAUUGAAGAGGAUUGGAAGAUGAUCAACGAGGAACUGCUUGUGAAACAAUCGUCCAAGGACAUCGGGUUAGAGGAGUUUAGACCGACGAAACAAGUUAUGUCGGUGUUUCUGGGUCUCGCACGUGUGAUGGAUGUGUUGUACAAGGAUUCUGAUGGCUACACACACGCCAACAAAGACACCAAGGACAUCAUCACUGCUUUGCUCGUCACUCCAAUAAUCAUUUGAAUCGUCUUAUCAUGAGUUUGAUCUGCAUGAUUGAUGCCUCUAUAUAUAUAUAUAUAUAUAUAUAUAUGGCAAAGGCUAGCGUACGUCAGUCGUACGCUAUACGCCUGCGUUCACACUUAUUUUUUGUACCUGGAUAAUUCUGACGAAUCAGAAUCGUUGAUUUUUAUUUUGAGAUUAAAUGAAUAUUAUGGUUUGGAUUAGAGAAUUGGGGACUGGGGUUCACCCAUUAGAGGUUAGGGUAUAGUAUCAUGCCCCAAAUUCCGGUUAAUUCAUGGUCUAACUAACAAAAUUCAACAGGCAUACGGUAGAGUAAGCGUACGACUGACGUACGCUAGCCUGAACCAUAUAUAUAUAUAUAUGUGGAGUUCUACGGUACCCAGGGUGAAAUCUGGGGUACCGCAUACCGGGAGUAAGAAAACGUUAUCCAGAAC